UGGUUUACCUCAGAUUAGAGCAUUGUAGGUAGAGAAAAAGGCAAAGAAGUUGGUGUAUAUGUGCUCACAGGCAAAGAAACCCACCAUCUUGGAGUUGUCGGUCAUGAGUAGCUGGGUGACGGUCGUGAAGACGGAGUCAAACAGAGCUCUGCGAUCUUCCUCGAGUGUUGCCCUCUUCACCAUCAGAGCCACCGUCUGCACCAGCUGCUCUCUCACAUAAGACACUAGGCUGAGAGAGAGAGAGAGAGAGGAGAGAG